AAUUUCCACGUUUCCUGUAUCCGGUUGACUCUUGUUCAAGCUCCCGAUCGCAGCGGAUCGCGUCCGCCCAAGUUUCGAACCGAGUUUCCAUUCUCGUUUAUGACACGGACUAAUUCUUUAAGGGAAGGCACACAAAUGGACGUCAAAGAGUUUCGCGUGAGGGGGAAGGAGAUGGUCGAGUACAUAUGCGAUUUCAUGAGUAACAUUCACAAUCGUCGUGUCACACCGGACGUUGGUCCCGGAUACCUUCGACCGUUGCUUCCAUCCGAGCCGCCCCACGAACCCGAGUCUUGGGAUAAAAUAAUGAACGACGUCGAAUCGAAGAUCAUGCCAGGAAUAACUCAUUGGCAACACCCACGAUUUCACGCUUAUUUCCCAGCAGGUAACUCAUAUCCUUCGAUUCUCGGUGACAUGCUCAGCGACGCUAUUGGAUGCAUCGGAUUCUCAUGGGCCGCCAGCCCAGCGUGCACGGAACUCGAGACAAUCGUCUGUGACUGGUUCGGCAAAGCCAUUGGACUACCCAACGACUUUUUAUACUUCAGCCCAAACAGCAGAGGAGGCGGAGUCAUACAAGGUUCGGCUUCGGAGUGCGUUCUCGUGUGCAUGUUAGCCGCGAGAGCUCAAGCGAUCGCGAGGCUCAAAGAGUCCCCGAAUUAUUCGCACCUCGACGAGACAGCUCUGCUCGGAAAGUUGAUGGCUUAUUGCGGCCGCGAGAGCCACAGUUGCGUCGAAAAAGACGCGAUGAUAUGUUUCGUCAAGCUGCGAAUUCUCGAGCCCGAUGAGAAGAGCGUUAUGCGCGGAGAAACUUUUCAUCAGGCAAUCGAAGCCGACAUCGCCGAGGGCUACGUGCCCUUCUUCGUCUCAACUACCCUUGGGACCACGGCCUGUUGCUCCUUCGAUAAUCUCAAGGAAAUUGGUCCAGUUUGCAAAAAAUAUCCGGGGAUCUGGCUCCACGUGGAUGCCGCCUACGCCGGGAACUCGUUCAUCUGCCCGGAGCUCAAGUACCUGAUGGCAGGAAUCGAGUACGCCGAUUCUUUCAACACGAAUACCAAUAAGUUUUUGCUCACGAAUUUCGACUGUUCCUGUUUGUGGGUCCGAGAUCGUUUCAAACUGACGAGUGCUCUCGUCGUCGAUCCGCUGUACCUCCAACAUACUCAUGCGGAUACAGCGAUCGAUUACCGACACUGGAGCAUCCCCCUCAGCAGACGCUUCAGAUCGCUCAAACUCUGGUUCGUCAUUCGGAGCUACGGAAUUUCCGGUUUGCAGUCCUACAUUCGCAAUCAUCUCAAACUCGCCAAAGAAUUCGAGGCUCUCGUCAAGAAGGACUCGAGAUUCGAACUGUGCAACGAAGUGGUGCUCGGUCUGGUCUGCUUUCGAGCGAAAGGCUCCGACAAAUUGAAUCAAAAGCUGCUGAGUGCCAUCAACGAUUCGGGCAAAAUUCACAUGGUCCCAGCGAAAGUCAACCAACGAUACACGAUCCGUUUUGCUCUUGCUUCUCCACAAGCAUCGUCCGAAGAUGUCGAAGUAGCAUGGAACGUGAUAACGGAUUUCCUGUCAGAAAUCCUCGAGUCAAAGGACGUGAUGGACGAGCUCGCGGAUAUUCGCGAGAAGAAAAGAAAGGCGACUCUGGAACAACGAAGAUCGUUUUUCGUUCGCAUGGUAUCGGAUCCCGCGAUUCAGCCGGGAUUCACCAAAACACCCAACAGACCAGAAGCGAAAUUGGAAACUCAAGCGACCAUUGGUGGAAUUGGAUCGAACUCUCAUCGUGUAGCAAGUUCCUGGAUCUCUUGGCCACUCGCGUAUUUCAUGCAGUCGCGUGAGGACGGUGAAACGAGCGAACUUUCUCUGAGAUUUCGUCAUUUGGACACGAUGGUGCGUUUGAAGACGGGCGGUGCGGGGAGUCGACGCGGCAGCAGCAACGGUUGCAGCCCCGAAUUAUCGCCCGCAGCUUCACCGUUACGCGGCAGAUCACCGAACGGUCGAACAUAAUGGGAAACAAGAUGAAAGAUCACGUUAAACAGAAACAAAAACGAUGAAAAAAAAAGAUCACAAAGUCUCGGGCUUUCGACGAACCUUGCAUAUCUACGAUGGCGAAUUAAGGAGUGUCAAGAUGGACGAGCAAUAUCGCUAAAAAAGUCAAAUCUCUAGCAUAAUUGUGACCGAAAUAAGAAUAACUAAAAAAGAAAUGGAAAUUUCGAGUAGCAUCAUGAGCAAACGAAUGAUUCGACGGUUCUAUCAGUCUCCGCGUGUUCUGACAUGAUUAAAUAAAAGACGACUCAAGAUUGAAAAAUAAAUUCUAUCUGACAAUUGAUUAGCAGAAUUGUUUUAUGGCUUUGUAUUUUUGUUUGGAUUGUUAACUCGUUACAUCUCGAUUAAUCUAUAUGAAAAAUUAUAAACAAUGUGCGAUGAAGAAAAACAAAAUUGGACGAAAUAAAAAGAGUCGUAAAUUUGGGUGCACAUUCA